AUGUCAACUUUCCAAAAUACCACAACAUCUUCCGGUAUUUUCCUGCUAACUGGUUUUCCUGGGCUAGAAGCCUUCCACACCUGGAUCUCCAUUCCCUUCUGCUUUCUCUAUAUAACUGCUCUCUCAGGAAACAGCCUGAUUCUCUUUGCCAUUGUCACUCAGCCCAGCCUCCACGAACCCAUGUACUAUUUCCUCUCCAUGCUGUCCACCACUGACCUUGGCCUGUCCAUAUCCACUCUGGUCACCAUGUUAGGUAUAUUCUGGUUCAACGCCCGGGAGAUCAGCUUUAAUGCCUGCUUGUCACAGAUGUUUUUCAUUCAACUUUUCACUGUCAUGGAAUCUUCAGUGCUGUUGGCUAUGGCCUUUGAUCGUUUUGUGGCCAUUUCUAAUCCUCUUAGAUAUGCCUCUGUCUUAACUGAUCUUAAAAUAGCACAGAUUGGAGUAGCAAUCAUCACGAGGGGAACAUUAAUACAAAUACCUAUACAGGUGCUUCUUAAGCGUCUAUCAUUCUGCCGCAGCCACGUGCUCCGUCAUUCCUAUUGUUUCCACCCUGAUGUGAUGAAGCUUUCAUGCACAGACACCAGGAUCAAUAGUGCAGUUGGCUUGACAGCUCUGAUCACCACUGCUGGGGUGGACUCAAUCUUCAUCCUCCUCUCAUAUCUUUUGAUCAUUAGGACUGUCCUCAGCAUUGCAUCCCCGCAAGAGAGGAAGAAAGCCUUCAGGACAUGUAUCUCCCAUAUUGGGGCUGUUGCUGUAUUCUAUAUUCCAUUGAUCGGUCUGUCCUUUGUUCACAGAUUUGGGAAACAAGCCCCAGCUUAUGUACAUACGCUGAUUGCCAAUGCCUACCUGCUAAUCCCCCCUGUGAUGAACCCCAUCAUCUACAGUGUGAAGACCAAACAGAUACGCAGGGCUGUGCUGAAAGUUCUCCAUCCCAGUGCAACAAAGAACUAG